AACACAACCAAUCGGGCCAAGGCUACCGGCUAGCCAGCCACCAGCUCAACUGACAGCCUCCGCGAAUUAACGCCAACUGGGACGUCAGCGCGGACUUUGUAUCCGACCCGGGUCUCUGUAGCGUUGUUUUAGACUGAGCUGUCCUACAUUUAGCAGUGGGAGUGUUGUGGGGGAGCCACGUGUACAGGAACUGGAGCCUGACAGCUCUGACUCACUGGAUCUACCGCAGGCAAUCAUGGCUGCUUGGAGGAAACCGUGGUGCAGGAACCUCACGGCUGUAACUCUGCUUUUCUACAUCCUGCUCCACACCAUGGAUGUGCAUGCGCGGCCAGCCAACAUGUCAGCCUCUAAAGACAAGCCUCCAGCCAGCAAGGACGAGAACGAGAUUCUUCCCCCAGACCACCUGAAUGGGGUGAAGAUGGAGAUGGACGGCCACCUCAAUAAGGACUUCCACCAGGAAGUUUUCCUGGGCAAAGAGAUGGAGGAGUUUGACGAGGACUCUGAGCCCAGGAGGAACAGGAAGAAGCUUAUUGAAAUUUUCACAAAAGUUGAUUUCAACAAGGACAGGAGUGUUAGUGCCAAGGAGAUGCAGCGCUGGAUUAUGGAGAAGACUGAGGAGCACUUUCAGGAGGCCAUGAAGGAGAACAAGAACAGUUUCCAUGCCGUUGACCCAGACGGCGACGGUCAUGUGACAUGGGAUGAAUACAGAGUCAAAUUUCUGGCCAGCAAAGGUUUCAAUGAAAAAGAAAUUGCUGAGAAAAUAAAGAAUAAUGAAGAUCUGAAGCUGGAUGAGGAAACUCAAGAAGUUUUGGAAAGCCUGAAGGAUCGCUGGUUUCAGGCUGACAACCCUCCAGCUGACCAGCUGCUGAAUGAACAGGAGUUCCUGUCUUUCCUCCACCCUGAGCACAGCAGAGGCAUGCUCAAAUACAUGGUCAAAGAGAUCGUUCGGGACUUAGACCAGGAUAACGAUAGGAAACUGACGCUGUCAGAGUUCAUCUCUUUACCUGUGGGCACCGUGGAGAACCAGCAGGCUCAGGACAUCGACGACGACUGGGUCCGAGAGAGGAAGAAGGAGUUUGAGGAAGUCAUUGAUGCAGACCAUAAUGGCAUCGUCACUAUGGAAGAACUGGAGGAAUACAUGGACCCGAUGAAUGAGCACAACGCUUUGAACGAGGCCAAGCAGAUGAUUGCCGUUGCCGAUGAGAAUCAGAAUCAUAAUUUGGAGCUGGACGAGAUUCUCAAGUACAGCGAAUACUUCACAGGCAGCAAGCUCAUGGAUUACGCCAGAAAUGUUCACGAGGAGUUCUGAGGACAGUUUCGUCCUCCGUCUGCUCAGCAAGGCGGGGUGGCAUCCUACAUCUGCUUCAGGGACAAUCCUGUAGGGGGGCCAGCCUAAUAAUGGGAUGUCCUAAGUGUGCAAUUCUGUGUUUAAAGCCUAGCCUCAACGGCCUCUUUCACCGCUCACUCCAGUUAAUAUGCCCUUCCUUCAGCCCUGGACUGUCUGCCAGCCAUCAGAGUGAACAUGGUCUGCCUUCUGUGUGCCGUUGGACUUUUCGACCUUUAAAUGUUGAGGCGCUGCAUCAACUCCAAAUUUAUUUGUGUUAUAUUGUGAAAUGUGUGUAUAUGAGGAAUUCUAACCCUGAGCAGAUUUUCUGGUGCAGUGGUGAGAGAGACUGCGCAGCUAGGCAAGCUAUCCGUGCUGCAGGAUCUCUUGUUUUUAGCCAGCGUGUCUGUACACAGUGUAAAUAUUCAUUGUCUCAUACCAAUACAAAACGCUGAAAAAAAAAAAAUAUAUAUAUAUAUAUAUAUAUAUAUAUAUAUAUAUAUAAUGCUGCUGAAUGGAAUAACCCUAAAAAUAUCAUUAUAAAAAAAGUUUACUGGUAACACACACACACACACACAAACAAACUAUCUCCUACCACUUCAUUCCCCAAAUUCAGAAGGUGAUUUUGUCAUUAGUGGUGUACAAUUUCACUGGAUAGUGUCCGUCCUUCCACAACACUUACAAACAGGGUACUGGUUGUGUAAAACUCAAAGUAUAAUUUUUUAAUGCCUUGAUAACAUAUACUCAUCCUACUUAGCACAAACCUCCAUUCACAACUUAUUGUCAAAGUAGAUUUAAUAUAUAAGAGCAGUGUGUGUUUUCCCACUGCAGACGUUUGGACUGAGUGAAGGAAAAGCACAGGUGUCACCAGCAGCAUUAACGAUGUCGCUGAAGUGGAAGCUUCUGGUAAUUAGCUUCACCUGUGUGUGUCAGGGCAGAAUGUCUCCCGUGCUGAAGCCCUUCUGUUUUUCACUACAGUCUAAUUCAUGCUUUUGUUCAGAUGAAGAUAAAGACGAAUUCUCUUCAUUGACCAGUAUAAUUUGGACGAGUUGCAUCUGUGGUCUUCACACAGGUUAGUACUUAUUGUUUUUGGCUCUGUUGCGGCAGAGGCUGGUCUUUGGUGUCUUUGUCUUGGCUCAAAAAAAGAAUAAAGUUUCACCUUUUGUCAUUAUUUACCUGAUAUAUUUUGAGUGCUCUUGGUUAAACCAUGUAAUUCCACUUGUGCCAUGUUUUUAAGUGCAUGAAAAACAAACAAUGGAAUUACAUUCCUCAGAUUUGUUGAGCUUUUCAAUAACCUGUGGAAGCUUUUGGACCCUGCUUUGGUCUCUUCUGUCCUCAGUCCUGUUUGGAUUGUAAAAUAAGAUUUCUGAUGACAGAAUGUGGCACAGCUUUAUAAAAUGUAUUGCAAACAUACUGGUAAACAAUAAAUAUUUCUUACCAAGUAAA